GUUGUGAAGCCCCCCCCGGGCUCCUCACGCAGCCCAGAGGCCUUGUUUGUGGGUUUGGCCCCGCUUUAGGGCCCGACCCCUCCCUCCCGGCCGGGCCCGCCCCCGCCGCCAUGUUCGCGGCGCCGCUGAGCAGGGCCCGCAGGUCCCUGUUUCUGACGGGCAGCAUCGCCAUGGCCACGGCGGGGAGAGCCAGGCCGCCCGGCCCCCCUCGUUACACCAACCGCCUGAUUAACGAGAAGUCCCCCUACCUCCUGCAGCACGCCCACAACCCCGUGGACUGGUACCCCUGGGGUCAGGAGGCCUUUGAUAAAGCCAAGAAAGAAAACAAGCCGAUCUUUCUGUCAGUGGGCUACUCCACCUGCCACUGGUGCCACGUGAUGGAGGAGGAGUCCUUCCAGAACAAGGAGAUCGGCACGAUUAUGAACGAGAACUUCGUGUGCAUAAAGGUGGAUCGUGAGGAGCGGCCAGAUGUGGACAAAGUGUACAUGACCUUCGUGCAGGCUACCAGCGGUGGAGGUGGGUGGCCGAUGAGCGUCUGGCUGACUCCAGACCUGAAGCCCUUCGCAGGGGGGACGUACUUCCCUCCUGAGGACAGCGCUCGCCGCGUUGGCUUUCGGACUCUGCUGCUUCGCGUCACAGAGCAGUGGAGGCAGAACAAAGACGCCCUGCUGGAGAGCAGCCAGAAGAUCCUGGAAGCUCUGCUAGCCAUGUCCCAGAUCCGCGUGCAGGGCCAGCAGUCACCCCCGCCAUCCGAGGAGGUGCUGGCCACCUGCUUCCAGCAGCUCUCCAACUCCUACGACGAGGAGUACGGCGGCUUCUCCGAGUCCCCCAAGUUCCCCACCCCAGUGAACCUGAAUUUCCUCUUCACCUACUGGGCCCUGCACCGAGCCACCCCAGAAGGGGCGCGGGCACUGCAGAUGGCUCUGCAUACCCUCAAGAUGAUGGCUCAUGGGGGCAUUCAUGACCACAUCGGGCAGGGGUUCCACCGCUACUCCACCGACCAGCACUGGCAUGUCCCUCACUUCGAGAAGAUGCUGUACGACCAGGGGCAGCUGGCGGCUGCCUACAGCAGAGCCUUCCAGAUCUCCGGGGAUGAAUUCUUCGCUGAUGUUGUCGGGGACAUCCUGCUCUAUGUCUCGCGGGACCUGAGCGACCAGGCCGGAGGUUUUUACAGCGCAGAAGAUGCAGAUUCCUACCCCACUGCUGCAUCCAGCGAGAAGCGAGAGGGGGCUUUCUGUGUCUGGGGGGCCGAGGAAAUCCGGGCUCUCCUCCCCGACCCGGUCGAGGGGGCUGCUGAGGGGACAACCCUGGGAGAUGUCUUCAUGCACCACUACGGGGUGAAGGAGGACGGCAACGUGAGCCCCAUGCAGGACCCCCACCAGGAGCUGAAGGGCAAGAACGUCCUCAUUAUCCGGUCCUCCCUGGAGCUGACGGCUGCCCGCUUUGGGCUGGAGCAGGGCCGGCUCAGCGCCCUGCUGCGGGACAGCCAGCACAGGCUGCGGGCAGCCCGGGCACAGCGGCCACGGCCCCACUUGGACACCAAGAUGUUGGCCUCGUGGAAUGGACUGAUGAUCUCGGGCUUUGCCCAGGCUGGGGCAGCGCUGGCCAGGCAGGAGUACGUGAGCCGGGCAGCGCAGGCGGCCGGCUUUCUGCGCAGGCACCUCUUUGACCCGGCCAGCGGGAGGCUGCUGCGGAGCUGCUACCGGGGCGAGGACAGCGCGGUGGAGCAGAGCGCUGUCCCCAUUCAGGGGUUCCUGGAGGAUUACGUCUUCGUCAUCCAAGCUCUCUUUGACCUCUACGAAGCCUCCCUGGACCAGAGCUGGCUGGAAUGGGCCCUGCAGCUCCAGCACACGCAGGACAAGCUCUUCUGGGACCCCAAGGGCUUUGCCUACUUCUCCAGCGAGGCUGGCGACUCCUCUCUGCUCCUCCGCCUGAAGGACGACCAGGACGGAGCAGAGCCCAACGCCAACUCCGUCACCGUCACCAACCUGCUCCGAGCAGCCUGUUACUCCGGCCACGCCGAGUGGGUGGAAAAAGCCGGGCAGAUCUUGGCUGCCUUCUCCGAGAGGCUGCAGAAGAUCCCGUUAGCCCUGCCAGAGAUGGCCCGGGCCACCGCCGUCUUCCACCACACCCUCAAACAGGUGGUGAUCUGCGGAGACCCCCAAGGAGAAGACACCAAAGAGAUGCUUCGCUGCGUGCACUCUGUCUUCAGCCCCAACAAGGUGCUGAUGUUGGCAGACGGGGACAGUGCCGGGUUCCUGUACCGCCAGUUGCCUUUCCUUUCGUCCCUGGAGAGGAAGGACGGGAAAGCCACCGCCUACCUCUGCAGCAACUCAGCCUGCUCCCUGCCCGUUACCUCGCCCCAGGAGCUGCGGGGGCUGCUCUGCCAGUGAGCCCCCCCCACCCCGACACCCUGUUUGCCAGCAGGAGGGUGAGGAGGAGAUGGAUGGACACCGGGCUGGGACCUGGGAAUGUGUUUGGGGGGGACACACAUCUGAAAGUCAUGCUGGGCAUGAGCUGGGGGGCUCCUGGCCAUGG